CUACAACUAAUAAAAAGACCGACGUAUAAACGACAACAUUUGCAAAGUUGGUGUCAAUUUAUAUUAUUAUUUCUUUGAAACUUAAAGUGAAGGUAUUUUCAACAUAUUCAAAUUAGUUUUGGAGCUUUUUCAAAAUGGGUAAUAAAUCUUCAUUGUUACUUCGUCCGGAGGAAAUUGGUCAAAUUCAAGAAGAGACGGGAUUCACACCUAAUCAAAUUGAACGACUAUACUCCCGCUUUACUUCACUGGAUCGCGGAGAUUGCGGCACGUUAUCUCGUGAAGACUUCCUGCGAAUUCCUGAAUUAGCAAUUAAUCCCCUCUGUGAGCGCAUCGUGCAUGCUUUCUUCGAAGAUAGUACUGAUGACCGUGUAAAUUUCCGACAAUUUAUGAACGUUCUGGCUCAUUUCCGACCAAUUAACUCCAAAAAGGAAAAUGGCUUAAACAGUCGCGAAGAAAAACUAAAGUUUGCAUUUAAAAUGUAUGACUUGGAUGAUGACGGUGUUAUAAGCCGAGAUGAGCUAUUGAGCAUUCUUCACAUGAUGGUCGGUGCAAAUAUAAGCCAAGACCAGCUAAUAAGUAUAGCCGAACGCACUAUUUUAGAAGCUGAUUUAUGUUGUCAAGGAAAAAUUUCCUUUGAGGACUUUUGUAAAGCCCUUGAGCGCACUGACGUGGAACAGAAAAUGUCAAUUCGAUUUCUCAAUUGAAUGGGCGAUUCCCCAGUUGGUAUUAAAAAAUUGUCGGGCACUAUGGAAAACUAUGUCACGCAAUGUUUGCUCCCUUUAGUGUGGAAUUGUUAAGUUAAAAUGUCUUACACAUAUAUUUUUCGUAAAUAUUGACUUUUACACAUGAUUUCAUAUAAAUUAAUUUCAUUUGAGUGGUUCGCAUUUGUUAAUUAGAAAAGGUUUAUUAGGAAAUUACCAUAAACAACAUGAAUUUAACAUUUAUUUCUUGUAUGUACAUAAAACCAAUCAAUACCUAACUAAAAUUAUGUUCAGUUAAACCAAUAAAAUAGUAUUGUUUAUAAUAGGAUAUGCAAUACAUAUGUCUUUUCA